GCACCUUAAUACGGACGCAGUUGAUGCCAAUCUGCCGCAAUAUUCUGUUUGAAUCUGCUCGCAUGCUGCUGGCAGACUGUUAACAUUUUACUUUCUGGUCGUUGUCAGGGCAACCGAAAGCAUAACACAGGCCAUGCUACAUGCCAGGUUGCAUUCAGCCAUUUAUAUAUUUUAAUGUUGCAUUGUAUCAGAUAUAAGUUGCAUUACUUUGAAAUAUUUUCUUUUUCGCGAUAGAAAUCCGCAACUAACUGCAUCAUGAGUGAAAAUGUAAAAUUUAUAGUGACAGAAAUAAAUAAAUUGUUAGGACGGAAUUAUAAUGUAAUUGGGUUUAAUGCCUUAACUGCUGAAGAUUUAUUGCAGAUAUUAUACAAUGUUCUUAUGAAAAUACAACAACAAGAUGGUUUAGAUGAUGUUAGAUUGGACUCUGCAGAAGAACAUUCUAUAUAUAUUUUGACAGUUCUCCGAAUACUUAAUUAUCAACCUAAUGUGGAUCCUACAACAUUUAGACAAGGUUUAGUCCGAGGUGAAAUCGAAAUUAUCCAUCCUAUAUUGACAUGGCUCUUGACGCAUAUUGAUAUAGUUCAGAAAAGAGCGUAUCUAUCACGAUUUCUCGUCAAGAUAGAAAUUUCACCAGAGUAUUUAGCAGACUCGGAAAUUUCCUCUUUAUACGAACAGUAUUUAUCCUUAGUCGAUAAAUUUAAGACAAUUCAUAAAGAAAGAGAAAUAGGAAAGAAGAAUGUUGAAACUGCCGUCGAAUUGGCAACAGAUCUACAAGCAAUGGAAAAAGAAAAAGAAGCAGUGAUUGUGCGUAUUGGUAAAAUCAAAUCAAAAGCUGAACUUGCAUUGCAUUUAUUGGACGCCUGCAGAUUAUUACGAAUAGAAAGAGAUAAAGAACGUGAUUUAAUAUUGGAGAAAGAGCAAGAAAAGGAUACUAUGUUUAAUUUACAAAAUUCUCUUCAACGAGUUGAACGCGAGUUACACGCUUUGAAACGUGAUAGUACUGGACUCACACCGCAAAUAUUAAUUCAACAUUUGACAGAAGAAGUAACGGUGCAAUCUGCAAUCAUAAAAGAAAAACUUCCAUCUGAAUUAAACGCAAAAAAAAAUUGGAUAAAAGCUUUGUCAAUAGUGAAGGAAUAUUCUUAUUUAGGUCCAGAUAAAAUCAUGGUCAUGAGAAACGAUUUGGAUAUAAUAUUAAAGAAUAUACAAGAUUUAAUAGAAUCGAAAAUAUCUAAAAAUGAUAUUGAUAAAAUGGAACCGUUCCGACAACAAGCUGCCGCUGUUGGAAAUAUGAAACGAAAUGCUCUCGAGCGUUUAGAGAAGAUCGAAAGUUCUUUAGAAGAAUUACAAUUACGAUUAAAAGAGAAACAAGAUUAUUCGAAAAGUUUAUUGCAAACAUCGGUACCUAGAGCGGAGGAAUUAAAAAAAUAUAUCAAUCGUCUAAAAACUAAGAGUACAGUAUAUAAACGAUGCAAAACAGAGAUAGCUGGCCUACAAGCAGAAAAUGGUGUACUUCAUCGAACAGCGGCUAUUUUAGACGUAAAGAUUACGCAUUUUUACCCAACAGAUGUUGUAUCUAAAGUAGUGAUUCCAGAAAAUUAUACAUUAGAGAACGCAUUAGCAACAAAUAAUCAGUUGUCUCAUUCAAUAUUGGCUCUGCGUACCAAUCUUGCUCCAAUCAUAAGAGACAUCAAGACACUGCGCCAAACAGCGCGUGAAACUGACGAAAGAUAUCAUAAGGCAUAUAAGAGUCAUAACACAGUAGAAACAAAUAUGAAAAGUACUACGAGUGAUUUAUUAUCUGAAACGAAACAACUGAAAGACAAAUUAUUAAAGAAUAUUCAAGAGAAAAAAAAAUUGCAACAAAAUAUUGCAAAAAUGAAAAUUACCGAAGAAAAAUUACGCAGUGAAACAGAGACUAAUAUUGAUUUUAACAACGUAAAAGAAACAUUAAAACAGGAAUUACAAAAAGUUAUCAUGUUAGAAGAAGAAGCUUUAAGAAAUUUGAAUAAGGAACAAGAAAAAAUAAAGCAGCACAUUAUACAAUAUGAAAGUCAAACGCAACAAUGGAAUAAUAUUAUAUCAAUUUUUUCAUGCAAAAUUCGAUGUGCAGAAGAAAGUAAACAAACUGAUGGUAUAGUUGUACGAAGAGGAGGUGCUGAAACUCUUGUGUUGCAAUAAUAUUGUUUAUCACUUAUAUUUUUA